AUGCUCUCAGACGCGGAGUUCACACAUCGACUGGAUGUUGCUUUAGCUCCAGUAACCCGCAGUUUUCAACACGCCAUUCCCUUUUAUGAACGCAUGGGCGAUUUUGGAAUGACAAGGACCGACUCGCAGGUGUUAGCAGGCAGCAAUACCAAUACCAAUAAUAAUAAUAAUGGAAUGGAUAGGGAAGUGGCGAUUACAGAUGAGGCCUUGCAGUGUAUUGCGAGAGCAGAAUGUGAGACAUCUGUGGAGGGAUUACAUCAAUGGUUGCGGCGAACACAAGAGGGACGUCAAAUGGGAGAAGAGUGUUUAAAUGUAUUAAAUAGUCUUUCCAGUUGUUUAGCAUCUAUGCGAGAUGUAACUGGGGCAGUACAGGAACAGAGUAAUCAUUUAAGUAGUAAUGCCUCUGCUCUUAUGGUGCGAAAAACGAAAUUAGAAAUGGUACAAGAGGAAUUACAGCGAAUGAUUAGACACUUUUCACGUAUUGAAGUAUUAACACAUGAGGCUGAACAACCAACAUUAUCGGCAACAUCUGCUCGUUAUCCAAGUAUGUUACAAGAGAUGGAAGAAGAAAUGCAAUUUUUAUCUCGUAAUGCACAAUUUCUCUCAUCUAAGGCAUAUGCUACAAAACUAGCAGUAGCACAGCAACGUGCUUUUCAAUGUUUAAAAGAUGCAAUUGUAGAAUCUUUAUCUUCUGCACAAACAGCAGCUAUUAAUUCCACUGUUUAUAGGGAAGCCUUUAGUACGAUUAAACAAUCAACUGGAAUAGAUGUUUCUACUCCAAUUUCAGGAGGAACAACAACAAGUACCGUAGUAGAGAUGGAAGAAUCUCCUUUUGAUGUGAAUACAUCUACUCCUUUACCAAUUGCAGGAGUGAAUGAAAUUAGUGAAAUACCAAAAAAAGCAUCUGAAACACUUGAUCGUAUUAAUACUGUUUUUCGAAAUAAACUUAGUGAAAAGGCUUCACUACGGCGAAUGUUAGAAGCACGUGGAGGUGAAGGUCAACCAGAAGAUGAAAUGCAUGAUGGUGAAAUCUUAGAUGUUUAUCGUGAAACCCGUGUAGCUAUUGUUGGUCCAUUACUACAAAAUUGGUUAGAAGCUUGGUGUGAUGAUAGUAACAAGAAACAUCAAAUGACUCAAUUAGUCACUCAUCUUGCUACUCUUAUGAAAGUAGCCCUUGCACGUGAAAAGGAAGUAUUUGAUGAUAUUUGGCUUCGAGAAGAUUUUGGGGCAAGAGUAUUUCCACAACUUGUGGCAGGUAUCUCAGAUGAGGUUUAUCAUGUUUUUCGUUCUCGUCUUUUGCAAGUGGAUGAACUAGAAGAGUUGGCACAAUCUAUUGAAGAAAUUCAACGAGCAAUUGCAAAACAAGAUACUAUUGCUGAACUUAGUGGUUUAUUUACGAAAAUGAUUCAAGAUGCACAAGAACGAUUAAUCUUUCGUACAAGUGUUUUCCUUCGUCAAUCUAUUAUAAGAUGUACUCCUUCAAAGGCAAUGGUGCAAGGAUUUUGUUCUAAUGAAAGCAUAGAAGAAGAUAUUUAUAUACCUGCUCUUAGUAAUUGUGUAACGCUACUACGAUUACUCUAUCCUUCAUUGGAGUUUUCUGUAUUUUCUGUAUUUGCAGAAGAGGCUAUUCACUGUACAUUAAUGCAAGUUCAGGAAUUAGCAAAAAUGAUGGGUCAAGUACGAGGAGAAUAUAGUGUAUUAAAAGGACUCAUGUGUCAAUUACGACAUCUCUUACAUCUUCGAGAGGAACUUUCACGAAUUGAUGAAAAUAUCACAGUAGUGGAAAAACGUAUUGAUCUUAGUAAAAUUGCUCAACGACGACUUGAAAUUGUACAAUCCUCUCGAGAAUCCAAAAAAGAUGUAGAGAGUGAAAUUAAACACUGUUGUGAACGUAUUGUCCAAAUGCUCUUUACAGAUGUCUCCACCCCACUGGCGGGAAUCGCUCGAAAGAAACCGGAGGAGAUUCAAAUAGCCGUUCACACAGUAGAACAAAAGUGGAGUGAUCAACAAAAAUUGUUGAGUGUGUUUAUUGCGAAUGCCUCCACACGAGAAAUUCUGUUGCGGCCGGUGCGAGUUCGCCUCGAUGAGUUGCUGCGAGAAACAGCAUCUAUACAACUCCAACAAGUGGAGAAGAAUGAUCAACCACAACAACAAUACACCACAGAGAUAUCAGUAGGGUCUCCUCCUCCUCCUCCUCCUAUUAAUAUUAAUACUACUAAUACUAUUGCUGAACAGGAAAAUACAGUUGCUGUCUCUGUAGUUCCCGAUGGACGAAUAGAAGAAACAGAGACGAUUCCACAACAACAACAACAACAACAACAACAACAGAAACAACAAGAAGAAGAGGGAGUGGAAUCACAAAUACCGAAAAAAGUUUCAGAAUACACAAGUGAGACUUUAGUCUAG